CAGCAGCGGCGCGCGCCUGGCUGGGCCCUGCAGAGCUGGAGGGACGAAGCGGAGGAGCUUGCCCAGCGGCAUUCGCCCGAGCUCCGGCGCGCUGCCCGCCCGCCAGCCCGCGCUCCAGUCCCCCGAGUCUAGCAGCGGGGCCCAGCAUGGUCAUGGCGGAUGGCCCGAGGCACUUGCAGCGCGGGCCGGUCCGGGUGGGGUUCUACGACAUCGAGGGCACGCUGGGCAAGGGCAACUUCGCGGUUGUGAAGCUGGGGCGGCACCGGAUCACCAAGACGGAGGUGGCGAUAAAAAUUAUAGAUAAAUCUCAGCUGGAUGCAGUGAACCUUGAGAAAAUCUACCGAGAAGUACAGAUAAUGAAAAUGUUAGACCAUCCUCACAUAAUCAAACUUUAUCAGGUGAUGGAGACCAAAAACAUGUUGUACCUUGUGACAGAAUAUGCCAAAAAUGGAGAAAUUUUUGACUAUCUUGCUAAUCAUGGCCGGUUAAAUGAGUCCGAGGCCAGGCGUAAAUUCUGGCAAAUCCUAUCUGCUGUUGAUUAUUGUCAUGGUCGGAAGAUUGUGCACCGGGACCUCAAAGCUGAAAAUCUCCUGCUGGAUAACAACAUGAAUAUCAAAAUAGCAGAUUUUGGCUUUGGAAAUUUCUUUAAGAGUGGUGAACUGCUGGCAACCUGGUGUGGCAGCCCCCCUUACGCAGCCCCAGAAGUUUUUGAAGGGCAGCAGUAUGAAGGACCACAGCUGGAUAUUUGGAGCAUGGGAGUCGUUCUUUAUGUCCUUGUCUGUGGGGCUCUGCCUUUUGAUGGACCAACUCUUCCUAUUUUGAGGCAAAGGGUUUUGGAAGGAAGAUUCCGGAUUCCAUAUUUCAUGUCAGAAGAUUGUGAGCACCUUAUUCGAAGGAUGUUGGUCUUAGACCCGUCCAAACGGCUAACCAUAGCGCAAAUCAAGGAGCAUAAAUGGAUGCUCAUAGAAGUUCCUGUACAGAGACCUGUUCUCUAUUCACAAGGGCAAGAAAAUGAGCCAUCCAUUGGGGAGUUUAAUGAACAGGUUCUGCGACUGAUGCACAGCCUUGGAAUAGAUCAACAGAAAACGAUUGAGUCUUUGCAGAACAAGAGCUACAAUCACUUCGCUGCCAUUUAUUACUUGUUGGUGGAACGCCUGAAAUCACACAGGAGCAGUUUUCCUGUGGAGCAGAGGCUCGAUGCCCGCCAGCGGCGGCCCAGCACCAUUGCUGAACAAACAGUUGCCAAGGCACAAACUGUGGGUUUCCCAGUGACCACGCAUUCACCGAACUUGCGCCUGAUGCGAUCUACCCUCCUCCCACAGGCAUCCAAUGUGGAGGCCUUUUCAUUUCCAGCAUCCAGCUGUCAGGGGGAAGCAGCAUUUAUGGAAGAAGAGUGUGUUGACACUCCAAAGGUCAAUGGCUGUCUGCUGGACCCAGUGCCUCCGGUCCUGGUGAAGAAGGGAUGCCAGUCGCUGCCCAGCAACAUGAUGGAGACCUCCAUUGAUGAAGGAUUGGAGGCUGAAGGAGAGGCUGAGGAGGACCCUGGUCAGGCCUUUGACACGUUCCAGUCUACACGCAGUGGGCAGAGGCGGCACACGCUGUCAGAAGUGACCAAUCAGCUAUUCGUGAUGCCUGGAUCAGGAAAAAUUUUCUCCAUGAGUGACAACCCCUCCCUUGAUAGCGUGGAUUCUGAGUAUGAUAUAGGGUCUGUUCAGAGGGAUCUGAACUUUCUGGAGGACAACCCUUCCCUUAAGGACAUCAUGGUAGCCAACCAGCCUUCACCUCGCAUGACAUCACCCUUCAUAAGCCUGAGGCCUGCCAACCCGGCCAUGCAGGCUCUGAGCUCCCAAAAAAGAGAGGCCCACAACAGGUCGCCAGUGAGCUUCCGAGAGGGUCGCAGGGCCUCAGACACCUCCCUGACCCAAGGAAUUGUAGCAUUUAGACAACACCUUCAGAAUCUGGCUAGAACCAAAGGAAUCCUCGAGUUGAACAAAGUACAGUUGCUGUAUGAACAAAUAGGAUCAGAGGCAGACCCGAACUUGGCAUCAGCUGCUCCUCAGCUGCAAGACCUGGCUAGCAGUUGCCCCCAGGAGGAAGUCCCUCAGCAGCAGAAAAGUGUUUCCGCUCUCCCCACCAGCGUGCACCCUCAGCUGUCCCAGCGGCAGAGCCUGGAAGCCCAGUACCUGCAGCACAGACUCCAGAAGCCCGGCCUUCUGUCAAAAGCCCAGAACACCUGUCAGCUUUACUGUAAAGAACCACCACGGAGCCUUGAACAGCAGCUGCAGGAACACAGACUCCAACAGAAGCGACUCUUCCUCCAGAAACAGUCUCAGCUGCAGGCCUAUUUUAACCAGAUGCAGAUAGCUGAGAGCUCGUACCCACAGCCAAAUCAGCAGCUGCCCCUGGCCCACCAGGAGACGCCAUCGUCGUCACAGCAGCCCCCACCGUUCAGCCUGGCCCAGCCCCUGAGCCCCGUCCUGGAGCCUGCUUCUGAGCAAAUGCAGUACAGCCCCUUCCUCAGCCAGUACCAAGAGAUGCAGCUGCAGCCCCUGCCCUCCUCGCCAAGCCCUCAGGCACACUUGCAGCAGCAGCCGCCACCACCACCUCCGCCGCCGCCACCACAGCAGUCGGGAGCUGCCCCGGCACCCUUACAGUUCUCCUAUCAGACUUGUGAGCUGCCGGGCACUGUCUCCCCUGAGCCGGACUACCCCGCGCCCUGUCAGUACCCUGUGGACGGAGCCCAGCAGAGCGCAGCAGCGGCAGCGCCGGACUGUCCCAGGAGCUCAGGACUGCAGGAGGCGCCCUCCAGCUACGACCCUCUAGCCCUCUCUGAGUUCCCCGGACUCUUUGAUUGUGAAAUGCUGGAGGCCGUGGACCCGCAGCACAGCGGCUAUGUCCUGGUGAAUUAACCUCAGUGCAGGAAGUGAGGCAGGUCGAGUGUAGGAAGAGUGUGUAUUUUUAUUUUUAUUCCAGCCUUUUACAUUUAAAGCUUAUUUUCCUACCCUCUUCCUAGGGGGAAAAACCAAGUUGCCCAACUGGAAUCAGAGGGCCUGGCCAGGCUGAUACUGCUUCUUCCUGGCCCUGUCCCACUGGAGUUUUCUGUGGCAAGUGCUGGAACACAGUUGUAGGCUGACACUCAUGCCCUCGGGUCAGUGGAGCAAACUCACAGGAGACACUGACAAGUGUUUUAUAAGAAGACAUCCAAACGUAGGUUUUAUCCAGAACUAUACCAGUUAUCAAGGAAAACCUUGGUGAGUGCAGGAAAACUGCAUGCCAUUAUAUGUAGGGAGAAAGGCAAUAUUUUUCACUGAAGCCAAGGAACAACAUGUUGCUUAAAGGCAAGUCAAGGACACAUAAUGAAAUCUGAUGCGCAGGAAAUAAAGAUGUACUUUGUCAUUGAAGCAUAAGUUCAGAGCUGCUGAUGAAGUUGUCCCCAAGACCAUUACAAAGCACUGGGGUGUGGGCUUUGUUUCAAGGGCCACUAAACACCAGCUGGUACUGACCCCUGAGUGGCGGUCAUCUCCAUAUGGGAGCAGGCAGUACACCUCUUCAGAAGGUGCCCUGGGUUACAGACUCAGAGUGUCCUUGGCUCCCAAGAUGUCCCUGUAGAGCCCUCGCCCCUUCCCCCUCCCCCUUCCCCCUCCCCCCUCCCCCUUCCCCCCUUUCCCCCUCCCCCCUCCCCCCACAGUGGAGACGAGAAACUUGAGAGCACCACCAAGAGCACCAGCCCUGGGCCAGGGGGAGAUGGGCUUUUCCUGCAGAGUCUGCGGUGGGGACUCCGGGGACUUCUGGUUGGGCAGCUGGUCAUCAGAGAACCUAGUGGCUCUUUUACAGUGUAAUCACUACUUUGACUUCACACUGUAUGUUGCUAGUAGUUUAUCAAGCUUUGUAUAUUUGGACAGUUUCAUGUAGGGCUUAGAGAUUUUAAGAACAAGAAAAAUGAACUUAUAUUUCCCGUGUGAAGUGCUAGUGCUGUGCCUUUUCCCCCCAGAUCACGCUUUAAUUAUUUCUUUUCUGUAGAAACCAAGUUUUCCAUUUAUAUCAAUGCUAAACCCAAAGUCACUUCAGAGUUUGUUUUCCACCAUGUGGGAAUUGUAUUCUUAAUUUCCUUAAAGUUUUGACUUGUAAUUAAAUGUUCAAGUAUUACAGCAAUAUUCAAAAACCACAGAUGUGUUAACCACUUAAGCAAAUCAUCUGCCAAACUCAUUAUAUUACUAAUAAAACUUAACCAUUACAAUUCACUCAUCAAAGUAAGUAACAAAUAGAUGCUACAGCUAGUCAACUGUGUACCUAGAAGGAGCAAUCUGUCAUUUGGACAACAACACACAAGUGUGACAAAUUCAGUAUUAUUUACAGACUGUCAUUUCUGUCCUUCAGAACAGCGUGUCCUCUCUGCAGAUGAAUGCAUUAAGCACAAGCAUCUUCCUUAAAGCACAAAGAAGAGAGACAGAUACCACACUGAUGCUGCGUCUAGGAACACCUUUAAGUUGCCUUUCCUCUUUGUAGUAGGGGUCCAGGCAGGCGAGAAGCACGGGCCGUCUUAGGAGGUCUGUGUCGCCCCCGCCCCCUGGUGGUGGGACACGUCGCAGGGGCGCUGGGGGGGCGGAGCUGGAGCCUGGUGUUAGCCAGAAAGGGUACUAGGGAGGGUCACUGCCUUUGUGAGUUAGGAACACACAGUGGCAGUCCAGGAAGAAUGAACUGUGUUCCUUCUGUGCAUGGUUUAUUCCUCCUCAUGGUUAAGAUUGAUGAGUUCAUGAAAUAGAUAUUUCAUUUAAGAGAUCCUUCCAUUAAGAUCUCUAAUCUGUUUUAAGUCUUUGCAAAUACCUAGUUCUAAAACAGCUUGAUUCAUUUAGAAUGAAAGAUGUUUUUCCAAAAUAUACUGUUGAAGUGCUAUAAUAUUUAUGAAACUUAAAUGCUUUCCCUGUUAAAAAUGGGGGCCGCUCAUUUCCCAGUCGCGGGAACGGUACAGUUACAGAUGGGCUCAGACACCUGCGCUGACCAGGCCGGAUGCCUUUUAGCCCAGGAGGCCUCGGAGCUGUGGCCAGUAUCAAGGCUGCUGAAAGUUGAGAGGACCUGGAGACAGACGUGCUUUAGGGGCAGACUAGCGGUUCAGGUGCUCACCUGGGGAAUAGCACGACCUGUCUGGCUGGACCUGUGUUAUAAGCUCCUAUUUGCCUUUCUCAUUUCAAGCAGAAAUCAAUAAAUUCCAUAACCACCUGUAUUUACUGAAAUGUGAGCUUGUGAGAGGAGGCUGGUUCUUAGGUCAGUCGGGUGCUGGUUCCCCAGCCCUGUCUGUUCAUCUGUGUUGCUCUGUCCCCUAAGUAGUGACCUGUAUAAGCUUCCAGACAGUUUUCGCAAACACUAAAGUAACACUAAUAAGAAGGCUUAAUACCACUCUUUAUGAGAGGCUGCUUUGAAAUGACUUUCCAGUCUGUUUCACAUUAGCAGUGUGUACACUACUGUAUAUAAUUGUUAGCUUUAUUAUCUUGUAAACCAGGAUCCUCUGAAGAGACUUCGGUGAAAUGAACGUGAGGUAGAAAUUUCAGCAUUCGGCAAAAAGUGCAAUAUGUGUGGUACUUUAUUUUUGUUUGUGCUCUUUUUUUUAAUCCGGGGUAUUAGUCUCUGCUUCGGGAAAAAUGCACUAGUUCUGCAGUUCCCAGUUGGGCGAGUGUGUCUCUAGUAUUUACAUGCAACUGAUGUGCUGGUCCCUGCAAGGCAAAUAGACUGGGUUAGCACAAUGGAAAGUGGGUGGGUGUUCCAUUUUCAAACUCCUGGUGAGUGACGCUGACCAUCCCUAGCUGCCCCCUGGCCACCUCUGCCCUGUCAGGCCUGCGGUGCCCUUCUUCGCUUGAGAGCAGAGAAAGGGGCAGAAGGCUCACCAACCACCCUAAACUAUCAUUUCAUGAGAAACACUUGGGCCCCACAAAGCGGGGAGCAGGAAAUGGGACUUGCUGUGAUAGGAAUGAAACCCCUUCCUUUCCAUAUCAGGCUGCCUCCUAGGAAAGAGAGAGUCCCUUUCUUCCUCAGCAAUAAAGAGCUCCUGAGUGUUUACAGUGUGCCGCGUUGGUUAGGUGGGACCGGCAGGAGCCUGGGAUUGGGACUAAAGUCUGCCCUUAACCUCAGAGGCCCCAGGGCCUCUGGGGGCUGCUGAGGGCAUCGCCCUCCAGCCGACCAAGCUGCAGAUGGGACCCAUCCCGACACUGGGCUCUCCCACUGUGCCCCCACUCUGAGCAGUACCUUAAAGGGGGGGACUCAGAGAGAAAAGAAUUCCACCUAAUUGCUAGUGCUGGGAAGAAGGGAAUCUUCUCCGCUAGAGAGUGAGUGGGCGCCCGACCAGAAAGUAAGGAGAGGCAAAAACAAGCAGCAGCCUCCCAUUAGAGGUGGUCAGGACUCCGGGUGUGACGACUGGAGCAGUCCGAUCAGGUGUGCGCUGCUCAGAUGUGAACGUGAUGAAACGAAUGGCUUCCUUUUGGGGGUCCUCUGAUCCCCCCAAAAAGUCAAGUUCUCGAAGCCUCAGGUUCUGUGUUGGGGUCAGAAUUCUCAGCUCUGGAUUACAUUUAAAAACCUAUGUGUACUGACAGUCAUACUUCAUAAGCUCCCUGUUGCUUUAAAGGAAAUUCGCACUCCAGAUAACUUUUUCACAUUCCUCCUCCUCCAGAGACAAUGCAUAAGGUCAUUUAACGACACUGGUCCCUGGGACCAGCCGGCCACCCUUGAGCGGGGCUGACCUUGGCUGCAUCUGCACCAUAAACUGCACAGCCUCUGCUGCCUCCCCUGAAGCCACCCGAGCCACUUGGUGUCUUUGUGCCUGGACAUCAAAGGUAAAUACUAGAGAACAGGUAGCAAGUCGGGGUCAUUGCACAGGCAGAGGUAGUUGAUCAUUUUGUUCCUUCUGGAAAUUUUGAAAGAGCUUCUCUUCAGAGUGAUGUAGGGGAGACGAGCAGUACUGUCUGCCUCUGGUUCCUAAAUUGGACCCAAAGAACUUUUUCUUAUUUACGUGUUCCUUCCGACAGGUUCAGCAGUCCAGUCCUCCCUGGCCUGUGGCCCUGGUUUCAGGGCCCUUGGGGGAAGCAGCGGGGUGGACGGGUCAGACCUCCUGGGGCUCCUGUUGGCCCCGGAGUCCCUGGUCAAACAGUGCCCCUCACACUGGUUUUAUCGUUUUUCCCCAUUAAGGUAGCCUGGCUGAUUAGUUGUAGCAUCUUAUACCCACAUCGCCUGUGGGCAGAUUUCAACACAGGUCACAGACGUGGGCAGGCAGGACCGCACGGACUGAGAAGCAGGAGGCAGCAGUGCUGUGUACUCAGCCAGUGAGAAUUCUGACCGUUCCUGCCCAGACACUCAGCUCGCCCGUCCCAAAGGGGCCACUGCUUAUGUUGGUACAUGAAUCUACCAAGCGCUUUCACAAUCAUCUCUUCUAAUCCUCACAGUUCUCCGAAAUCGGUCGGGCAGAAAGAGUCCUCAUUUUUGGCAGCUAAGGAAACCAUGGCUCUUGGAAGUCUGUGUGACUUGUCCGAGGGCACCACGCGGGUGAGGGGGCAACCAGCACGAGCUCUGGAGUUUGCUGGCUUCUCACUGCGUGUCCUUUCCCAUCAUCAGUGGCAGGGAAUUCUUUUCAUGAGCAAACAGCUAGAUGUACAAAGCCCCCAUCUUGGCCAAGCACUAGGUGAAUGUGACACUGUCCCCUCAACCUCAUUCUCCACUGGACAGCUGCCCCCAGGUGACCACAGCAGCUGUCCGGGUGGCUCCCCGUGAACAGGGCUGAGGGAGACACAGCCCCCGUGGACUGCCCUCCAUCUGGUGUCCAGUUAAUUACAGAAGUUUACCUUCACAUCAAAGACGUCUAGUUUUUUGAAGUUAGGCAACACAAUACGGUAAUUUCCCACAGAAGUGCAUGCUAGAAGGACACGCUCUUCCUCCACUGCCAAGGGACCAGAUGCCCAGCCUCCUGCCCAGCCCUGCAGCCCAACAGACUCGGCCCCAGGGAAGAGGGCUGCUCAGAGAGGAGACCAGACUCAGCCUGGUCCUGAGGAGGGGUGUACUGUUCUACAUUUAAGGCCCUUCCAGUACAAGUACAGAUUAGACACUUUUGUGCCUAAAAAAAAAUUAACAUAUUUUGAUACUUUGCCCUCUCGGAGGCAAAGUGAGUAGGUAGAACAAGCUUUAAAAAAAGAGUAAUAGCAUCCUGGAAAAAUAGGGCCCCAGACUGCAGCAAUGUUACAUUAGCAAGUGCAGGGAACUGGGACUUGCCACUGGCUGUGUGAUGCCCCUCUGUUCAGAUUUGCUCCAUCAGGGAAAUUCAAGUGGCGACACCGUCCCACGACUGCUGGGGAAGGAAUCUGCCGCCCCCGAAACCUCUGAAGGGAAAAGCGGCAGACAGAGAGGGAGGACUGCUUCCCUUUUGGGACUGUGGUUUAAGAAAUAGAAGUGAUAGAGAUAUUUGCACUUUGUAGAAAGGGCAAGAUGAUUUGCUUAUUUCUGAAGGGAGAAGGGUGUUUUCUGCUGGAUGUUUGGUCUGUAAAAGAGUUACUUUUCGUAAAAUUAAUCUAAUUGUAGUUAUUUUUUUCUGUGUGCUUUUUUCUUUUAACGACUAAGGAAUAAAUGGUGAGUUCAAUAGCUUUGGUAUUUUAAGUGCGAAUCAUAAUAGUUCCAAUGUGAAAAAAAUCAAAAUGUAAUCUGUCACUCAAUGUUAGAAAAUAGCCUAAAAUGCAGUUUAAUAAAUGAUCUUUGUAUCCAACAUUAA